CGCCAACACAGUUCUCCUUAGUAAGGGGGAUAUAUAAAGUGUCUAUUAAUAUUUCCAUUCAUUUUUUUUUUUUUGGAACUGUGUUAAGUAACAAAAAAAAAAAUUUUUUUUUUUCUUACACUAGAUUUAAGCCGGUAGUAGUCAGUUAAUUUGCACAGAAAUUGCCAUGAGGACGUACGUCGUAUUAGCCGCCAUUCUUCUCGCCGGUGCAAGGGCGCAGGAAGGUUUUAAAUGUCCAGAUGAUUUUGGAUUUUAUCCACAUCACACUUCAUGUGACAAAUAUUGGAAGUGUGACAGUAAUAUUGCCGAAUUAAAAACAUGUGGCAAUGGUUUGGCAUUUGAUGCUUCUGAUUCGAAAUUUUUAACGGAAAAUUGCGAUUAUUUACAUAAUGUUGAUUGUGGUGAAAGAACACAAUUGGAACCACCAAUUUCAACACCACAUUGCUCACGUCUCUAUGGCAUUUUCCCUGAUGAUAAGAAAUGUGAUGUUUUUUGGAAUUGUUGGAACGGUGAAGCGUCCAGGUAUCAAUGCAGUCCUGGAUUAGCUUACGAUCGUGAAGCAAGAGUUUGCAUGUGGGCUGAUCAAGUUCCCGAAUGCAAAAAUGAAGAAAUUGCUGGAGGAUUCACGUGUCCAGCUGCUGGAGAAGUGAGUGGAAGUUCUGGAAGUUUCUCGAGACACGCUCAUCCCGAUGAUUGCAGAAAAUAUUACAUUUGCUUAGAGGGAAUUGCCCGAGAAUACGGAUGUCCAAUUGGUACCGUUUUCAAAAUUGGCGAUUCUGACGGAAGUGGCGCUUGCGAAGAUCCAGAAGACGUUCCCGGAUGUGAGGAUUACUAUGGAGAUCUGGACCUGAAGAGCAUCAGGAAGAGUGAGCUGCUUGCUGGACUUCAGAGCACUGGUGAAACAAGGAACACGGGCAAACCCCAAUCAAAACCUAGGCCUACGCCAAUUGCCGCCAGGCCCUCACCAUCCAAUCAGGAAUAAAUCUUUCUCAAAAAAAAAAAAAAAAUUUAAAAACCAAGAAAAAACGCGCUCUUUUGACAUUAUCAAUUUAUCAUCGAUCUAUCUAUCAUCCGAGAGCCAAGAGUAAAAAAAAACUAUAUGUACCAAAAAAAAAAAAUUUUUUUGGUACCAGUAGUCACAGAAAUAAUUAUAAUAAUAAUAAUAAUAAUAAUAAUAAAGUGAGAGUGAGAAUUUCCGAUAGAGAGAAAGUGAGAGAGAGAACGAGACAACACGAGUGAAAGAGAGGGAGAGAAAGAGAGAAAGCGAGAUUUAUUGAGAAGUAAGAAAAAUAAUUUCCCCCAUGGUCCAUUUUUUUGACCCCUUAAAAACAAAGUCCCUAUUAGGGCGUGAAACCCAAAAAAAAAACCAAUUUCCUUUCCACAUUUUUUGGAAAUCCGAUCAAUGAAUGAAAUGAAACACUUUUUUUUAAAUUAAUUUCGUGGGUGAAUUUUUUAUUAUUAAAAUUGCCUCUACAAAAAUCAAAUCAAAAAAAAUUUUCGAUUCCAAAUUUAAUUUCAUUGCUCAAAUUUAUUUAAAUUAAAUUAAAUUGAAAAUUUUUCUAAUUAUUUUCUAUAAAAAAUAAUAUUAUGUAAAAUUAUAAAUUUAUAAAUAUUUUUGUGUCCAUUUCACUCAACAUCAAAUUUAUAUUCGAGGGAAAAAUGUUAUUAUUUUUUUUUUCAAAUAAAUUAUAAUCUUGUACUCUUGGCCUCAAUCAGACUUGAACUGAUCCCAUCUCCCCCCCUCGAGAAGUUAUAAACUUUUUAUACCCCUUUGUCAUCUAUUUUUUUUUAUAUACCUAAGUGUAAGGAGAAAAAAAAGAAUGAGAAAAUAAAAAAAAUCUUAAAAAUUC